UCUGUAAUCUGGGAAAAUACGCACGAAACUACAGGUCAUUUCGCUGCAGUAUGGCAACAGCUUUUUAGCAGAGUAUGGCACAAUCUUUUGACCAUGGAAAUGUUGUAAGAGUCAGACCUAAAUAUAACUAACGACCACCCUCUUGACUUAUGAGAGCGCGCGCGCACACUGCGCUCGUGUGAGGAGAGAGAGCGCGCGUUCCUUCAGCAAGUGUCACACCAAAACAGCUACAAGAAGUUGAGAACACGCCAACAGCCGUGGAAGAUGGAGGAGAAUUCUGUUGUAAAAAAGCGCUCGGUGGCUGAACUAGCUGGAAAAUUCAGUAGUCCAAUAUCCCACAUGACAGACGCUGAAGUGAACAAGCCUGUGAGGAGGAGACCCCCACGCUCACUACAGCUGCCUGUUGGUAAUGAUGCAGGUCAAGGCCAUGAUGAGGUUCAGAAAGGAGCUGAAACAGUAUCAACCAGGAAGAACAGAAACUCUGCCCUCAUUGAGAAACUGCAGGCCAGCCUUACACUUUCUCCCACGGGACCUCCGUCCUUCUCAAAGGGCCCAGGGGUGCUGAAGUUACCGGUGCCGUCCUUCUCCCCCGGCUCUCCCAGCAGCCCCUCUAGUCCUCCUGCAACUGUCACGCCCAAAAAAGAGGAAACUCCUGCCAGCUUUGAGAGUCCCACUGAGGGAACUGUUCUCAAAAGCAUCAACAAGGGUAGAGCUCGACUUUCCAUCAAACGGCGCCCACCGUCUCGCCGACACAGGAAGUCCAGUGCAGAUGAAGGCGGAGAAGAUGUGGAUAAAACAGCCUCAGCCACCCUCGAUCAAACUACUCCAAAUGGGCAUGAAGGAGACGUGUUUGAACAACACAAGACAGCACCAGAUGCAGAAUCUCUCUCCUCUAAAGAACAGAUUGAGCAAAAAACUGAACCUACAGAUUCAGAGAAGCCAGAACCGGAGGAAAAAGUGGAGAUUGUCACUUCAGAAAAGAAAGAGGGAGAAGAGAUAGAAGAGAAAGAAGAGAAAACAGAACCAGAGCUAAAGGAAGAGAAAAGUGAAGAUGAACCACAGCUGGCUAACAGUACAGAAGAAACACAUGAAGAGCUAGACACGCAACCACAAACAGAGCCUGACACAACAGAUGAGAAAGAAGAGGAACAGAAAGAAGAUGAAAAAGUAAACCAUUAGAGCCAAGAGUGUAAAGUCUCUAAAUAGAAAAGAAAGGUCAAAGCUGCCUCAGACUGAAGAACUCCCUUAAACUCACUGCUUAACCAGAGCAAAGCCAUCAGGAGAAGAUGAAAUAAUGUGAAUUGGUUUUAGACUUCUUGUCCGUGUCAAAGAUUUGAAUGUGCAAGUGAAACCUGCAGGUGCAGAGAACUACAGUAUUUUCCCUCCUGUACAGUUGUAUUAAUGUUCUGAGCCACAUUCGUUUGAUUUGAGAUCAUAUGGGAUUUGUUUUGGUUUUUACUUUUGUAUAUAAAUAUUAGUCUCCACUAAAGGACAUAUUUUUUAUCGUUUUUGUUGUUGAUAGUUGUAUUCCUAUCAAAAAUUUGAAUAGUUGAUCUUUGAGACUUGCAGAAAAUAAAAAAUGGGAACAUGAAAAAAAAAAUCACAUUUCCACAUUUCAUUGGAAAAUAUUGGUUUUCUCAGUGCAGUGUUGGAUGAAAAAUAUUGAAGUAUCUAAGUAUCAGUAUAUGUAAGGAUCAUUAAGAUGGAAAGUUCUGGUUCUAGAGAAGACUUACCUUGAGGUCAUGACCUUAGGCUGGUCCUAUUCUGCAAAAGAUCUGGCCUUUAAACAAAAUACUUACUAGUUAUCUGUUUUUUAUUUACAUGUUCAGAGCAGAAGUACCAGAAAUAUCUAAUUUCUCUUAUAAAAUCUCUUAAUCAGGGCACUGACAGAUUUUCAGCAUUAGACCUGUUCUCAUCUCUGGGAUCUGUGCUGACCUCAUGGAAGCUCUAGUGAGGGACAGAUUAUCAUUUAAAUAGAGCUCUCUUGCUCUCCCAUUAAGGAUGUGUUAUGUGUUUUAUAGUGGCCCUGACUACAGCCUAGAAUACUUAACUAUGGCAUAGACCCAGAUAUCAUGCUGCUUUUAUAAGUCCUGAAAGCAUUCAGUAUUGUUCAGUAAUGGCAAUGAGAUUAAUUAAAGAUUAGAUUCAGAUAUUUAAGGUCAGGGGAGGAAGGAUUAUGGUGGAUCAAAUAAUGCUUCCUAAUCUGGCUAUUACUGAAAUACAACCAGACCUUUUGGUUUGUUCUGAUUGCUUAUAUUGUCAUGUCAAAGUCUGAUGUAAAUAAAUAAAUAAAUGAAAAUGAUGAGUAUAACAAUCAUUGCUAUGAGAAUGUGUCAAUAAAGUGACAAUAUUAUGUGA